AUGGCCCCUUUUGAUUGGCAUCUCACGGAUGUAUUCAAUAUGACGGCGGCGUACGAAGAGUCUGGAUCUACAACGUCGAACAAUGCCAAAGGGAUACCACCCGCCGACAAACGAGGCGAUUCAUUUCGCGCGGUAGUGUAUGACCUACGACCGGAGCCAAUUACGGUAGACUUAUUAGUUUAA